CUUGACGUGUAUUAUUACUGCUGCACAGUACACUCAGUAUAUGCUGUGUAGUGGUAAAAGUACAUGUACCACCAUCCUUGAAAGGGGGAUAGAGGCACCUAGCCUGGCAACCCCGCUCCUGUCAAACCCUCGCUGCAGGGGAUGCCAGUUGCUGCUGGAAGUUGCACACUGAAAGUAGCCUCUUUGCACUUGUCAGUAGCACAGUGAGCUAACCAUGGCGGGCAAGAGGGCGUUAGUAAUCCUGUCUAAAGGUGCCGAGGAGAUGGAGACUGUUAUCCCCGUGGACAUCAUGCGCAGAGCCGGGAUUGCAGUGACCGUUGCAGGACUGACGGGUAAAGAGCCGGUCCAGUGCAGCAGAAACGUCGUCAUCUGCCCUGAUGCCAGCCUGGAGGAGGCCAGCAAACAGGGGCCGUAUGAUGUGGUGCUUCUGCCGGGAGGAAUGCCAGGAGCCCAGAAUCUGGCAGAGUCUCCUGCUGUGAAAGAGGUGCUGAAGGAUCAAGAUGGCAGAAAAGGCCUGAUUGCAGCCAUCUGUGCAGGUCCCACUGCUCUUCUGGCACAUGGCAUCGGGUACGGCAGCACAGUCACAACACACCCUGGAAUGAAGGAGAAGAUGAUGGCUGGAGACCACUAUAAAUAUUCAGAUGCUCGAGUGCAGAAGGAUGGACAUUACAUCACCAGCCGUGGGCCAGGAACCAGUUUCGAGUUUGCCCUGACGAUUGUAGAGGAACUUAUGGGGGCUGAGGUUGCAGCUCAAGUCAAAGCUCCUCUUAUUAUGAAAGACUGACUGUAUCCGCACUCACUCACUUGCAAGCAGCACUGCCCACUAUAUACAUCUGGCACUACUGAGACAGCUAAUCCAAUGUAGCUGGCACAAAGAGUCAAAGUCACUUGUGACAAAUCAUUCACCCUCCGGGACAUGAGGAUGUUUCUGUUCUGACAGGUUAUUGUCUUCCUCUGUCUUUGCUAGUUGGCAAUGAAAGGCACCCAACACUGAAAUACAAUAUCACUGCGCAGGCUUUCCAAAGGAGAUGAAAUUAUUUUUGUUUCACUGUAGAGAUCAAAUCAAAAUAAUCAAAUAAUUUGUUUUGCUUUUCUCAUGUCAUUAAAAGAUAAAUGUGAUGAAA